UCAGGUUAGAGAGAGCACUUCAUAUGCUGCAUACGUUCAUCUCCCUUCACUUUUUAUCUUAGUGGAAGAUUAGAGGAAGUGAAGCCACAGACAGCAUUGCUUAUUCUCUGACUAACAGGUGGUACUUACAGGAAGCUCUCAACGGAAAAAAUUAACUCAACCUGUUUGAGAGGUGAAAACAAAGUGGACAGACAUCGGGAGAACCAAGCAUCGUUUAGAAAGUGUGAUGGCAGCCUAUUCAGGGGAGAUGCAACACUUGGCUUGGUUGAUGCUGGUGAUCCUUUGGAUGGUGCAGGCUGUGGAGGGCUGUCCUGAUGUUUGUAGAUGCUACAGGAAGGCUGGUCCAGAAAAGUCAGAGGUCAACUGUCAUAAGAUGGGGCUUCGUGCCUUUCCAUCCAAACUGCCCCCUGAUGCCUGGAUCCUCAAACUAGGUGAGAACGGUAUCACAGACCUGAAGGCUAAUGCUCUGAAAUCAAUUCCAAAGAUUGAGAGUAUUAACCUGGAACAAAAUGCCAUCACGUCCAUCCACCCCCAGGCCCUCUCUGGUGCAAAGCAACUGAUGCUCCUAAACCUCUACGGUAACCACAUCACCAACCUUCCACCAAGAGGAUUUCAGGACCUCCUGAACCUUCGCUUCCUUAUGCUGGGACAGAACCAGAUUGGCAUCCUCAAACCUGAGAUGUUUGCUGGAAUGAGGAACUUGUCAGACUUAGAUCUUCCUCUCAACGCGCUGACAAUGCUACCAUCUAAUGCCUUUAAGCCUCUGAUCGCUCUCAAAGUUCUGGACCUUUCCCAGAAUCGCAUCCAAAAGAUCUCUCCUAAGGCCUUUACUGGACUCAGACAGCUCAUGUUCCUCAACUUAGACAAUAACAGUCUGAAGAAAAUUCCUGCUGGAGCCUUCAGACCGCUGCGAUCUCUGGAAAUGCUGGUUCUAGACAACAACCUUCUGUCCACACUGAGCUUGUCAACUUUGGAUGGCCUGGGCAACUUGCAGGAACUCUACCUGAGGAACAAUGGUCUGGAUCACCUGCCACCUGAUGUGUUUAGGAACAUGGCCAAUCUUUCUCAGCUGGCUCUUAGUGGAAAUCGCCUGAAGACUGUGGAUGGAAACAUGUUUGCCCAUAUGCCUGACCUGAAGAAGCUUUACCUCCAUGACAACACGUGGCAUUGUGACUGUAACAUCAUCUCGUUGGUACAGUGGAUAAGACAGACCAAGGCCACCCUGUCGCCUCGGGACGCCCUAAAGUGCAGGAGUCCUCCAGACCUCCAAAACAAGAGCCUCUCUAGUCUUCAAGCUGCUCUGCCGUGCCUAACACCAUAACACCUAUAUUAAGACCAUGGCAUGAGCUCUGGGCCCAUGGAGAUUCAGAUGAUGAACUUUUAAACCAAUUUUUUUUAACUCUCUAUACCUACUGAGCUAGUAUUUGUAGAGUGAAUUUAUUUCCUAUAUUAUUUCUGAAAGCUGCAAUGCAUUCAAUUGAUUUCUCUGUAGGAUAGUGUAUCUUCUCUACUUUAAAUGCAACAUAUUAAAAAAAACCUUGCAUAAAACAUCAGCUGUUAGAAACUUUGGUUUUUGGCCAUGUAUGUUUGAGUUUAAAACCAAGAGCUUUAUAUGCAAUUUCAAC